AUGAUGACAACGACCCUGUCCAGUCUACCAGUUGAGCUGCUGGCUGAGAUAUUCACCCAUUCUCUUCCGCAAUACCAGUCGAAGCCGAAAAUAUCCACCUCUCCGCUGCUUCUCACACGCGUUAGCAGACUGUGGUACAACGUUGCUGUCGCUACACCAGAAUUAUGGUCGACAUUCUCUGUUGAUGUGAGAGCAGAGGAAGAUAUGAUUCCGCUGGCGGCCGUCAAACUGUGGCUUUCUCGCUCACAAACCUUCCCUUUGUCAAUUUCCGUGGACGACUCGGUCUUCGGAAAACCUGAACCACCUCGGCAGGCAUUCUAUGAUGAACUCUGUCAACAUGCGGGUCGGUGGCGGGACGUGACCUUCAAUGCGACAUUCACUAUGAUUUGCCGGCUUAACGUCCAGCAGCCGCUGGAUAUGCUAGAAAGACUGAAGAUGGGAAGCGAUGAUGACCGCCAAUUUGUUCCGGACCGCUCAAUCGCGAUGUUUGCGACAGCCCCGCGGCUACAGGUUGUCGACAUCCUCCUGGACUCCGAUGAGGCUAUCAAUAUUCAAGAAAUCAGCCUUCCUUGGUGUCAGUUGACGACCUUCCGGGGCCAACUUAUCACUACCCAGGAAUGUUUCUUUGUGUUGCUUCAGGCAGCCAAUCUUGUCGAAUGCGAGUUUCGCGAUAUCGUUCUCCAGGGACCCGCCACACCCAGCAAUGCAUCGGUCUCGCGACAUCUGCUGCCCCAUAUCCAAACUCUCCGGCUGGACGGGAGCUUUGCCGAGAAUUAUAUAGAGCUGAUACUGUCACUGACACUCCCCAACGUGAAAACGUUAUCCUUGGGCUCAAAAAAGCAAGUGUACACCGACAACAUCGUCUGGUCAAUCUUCGACAGUUUUUUGUUCCGGUCGGUAUGCAAUUUGACCCACCUUCAUUUCUCCGUGAACAACUCGACAAACGAAUGGGAGGAGCUGGUCGAGCGGCUGCCCAUGUUUCAAAUGCUAGAAUUCUUAGAGCUAUUUUCGUUCAAUGGGGACUGCAACAUCGCGCCUCUAAGCUACACCUUUAAUGUCCUCCUGCCCCAACUCCAGAUGCUCGUCUUCUCUUCCCGGGGGCCUCCCGACAGCAAUUCGAUGGCUAAUAUCAUCACACUUCUUUUCAAACGCACCUCAGUGGCCUGGACGGCGACGCACAAUAAUGCACCUUUGCGCCGCUUUGAAUAUAUCUGGAAGCUCGACAAUGGUGUUGAGCUGGACGAAAAGCUGCCGCGUCAUAUUGAGAAGCUCCGUCGUCGAGGCCUCCAAGUAUACUUCGGCCUAUUCAAAGGCCUCACUGAAGCACUGCCCUUACGACAACAUACCUAG